UGAAGGGUCGAAAGAUGUAGUAGCGUGCCAUCGCUCCAUCGGUGUUCAGUCAGCCUCAGGGACGGUGCUGAUAGACUGGCUUUGUGGCACAGCAGGAGACUGGAAACUGCUCCCCGUCCAACAGCCGCUCAAACUCUGUUGCACCAUGCUGACCCGUCUGUUCCGUAUGCAUGGCCUUCUGGUGGCCUCCCACCCCUGGGAGGUGAUUGUUGGCACAGUCACCCUCACCAUCUGUAUGAUGUCCAUGAACAUGUUCACUGGCAAUGACCAGAUCUGUGGCUGGAACUUUGACUGCCCCAAAAUGGAGGAGCAAAUUCUGAGCAGUGAUAUCAUCAUCCUGACCAUCACACGCUGCAUUGCCAUUGUGUAUAUUUACUUCCAGUUCCAGAACUUGCGACAACUGGGAUCCAAAUAUAUUUUAGGCAUUGCUGGUCUUUUCACCAUAUUCUCCAGCUUUGUAUUCAGCACAGUGGUCAUUCACUUUCUUGAUAAAGAGCUCACAGGCCUCAAUGAGGCUUUGCCCUUCUUCCUGCUUCUCAUUGACCUCUCCAAAGCAUGUGCUCUUGCCAAGUUUGCUUUGAGCUCCAGUUCUCAGGAUGAAGUGAGGGACAACAUUGCUCGUGGAAUGGCUGUACUGGGACCUACCUUCACUUUGGAUGCCCUGGUGGAGUGCCUAGUGAUUGGAGUGGGAACCAUGUCAGGUGUGCGGCAGUUGGAAAUCAUGUGCUGCUUUGGCUGCAUGUCUGUCUUGGCCAACUACUUUGUGUUCAUGACUUUCUUCCCUGCGUGUGUCUCUCUGGUGCUGGAGUUGUCCCGUGAGAGUCAGGAGGGCCAUCCCAUCUGGCAGUUGAGCCACUUCUCCAGAGUGAUGGAGGAGGAGGAGGACAACAAACCCAACCCUGUAACCCAGAGGGUCAAAAUGAUCAUGUCUCUUGGUCUGGUGAUGGUUCACGCCCACAGCCGCUGGAUCGCUGAGCCUUUGUCCAUUAACACCACAGUGGGAAUCCCACAGGUUGGCAUGGAACUGGACCACCUUUCGCCCAGGAGGAUUGAGCCAGAGAAACCACUUUGGCACUUCUACCUCACCAGGAUGAUAACCAUGGACAUAGAGCAGGUCAUCUGUCUGGCUUUGGCUCUGCUGCUGGCUAUCAAGUACAUCUUUUUUGAACAGGCUGAGAUGGAGUCUACUCUGUCACUGAAGAACCCCAUUACUAUGUCUGCCCCUGUCCUGACCCCACGAAGGCCAGUUGAGACCUGCUGCAGGAGGGAGCCGUACACUCCACAACCCCUGGUUCCCACUCAGAGCCCAGGUGUCCCAGCACCCAUCAACAAUGCAGAGAGAGAUGAGGUUAUCCGGCCCCUGUCAGCCCCGGCUGCUGAUCCCAGGCCAAAGAGCUUCUUUGUCGUUGGAGAGGAAGAGGAAGAACUUGAGUCUGAGAACAAUCAGCUGAGCCUCCCCCCAAAGCCCAGAGGCCUGGAAGAAUGUGUGGCCAUCCUCAACAACCCUGAGCUGGGUCCUCGUUUCCUGAGCGAUGCUGAGGUGAUGCUGCUGGUCAACUCCAAACACAUCCCUGCAUACAAACUGGAGGUCAUGAUGGAGAGACCAGAGAGAGGAGUGGCCAUACGAAGGAAAAUGAUCUCUGCAAAGCUCCCCUCUCCUUCUGCGCUCUCUUCCCUGCCAUACACAGACUAUGACUACUCCAAGGUUAUGGGUGCCUGCUGUGAGAAUGUGAUUGGCUACAUGCCUGUACCGGUGGGUGUGGCUGGUCCUCUGCACCUGGAUGGAAAGCAGUUUCAGGUUCCUAUGGCAACCACAGAGGGUUGCUUGGUUGCCAGUACCAACCGUGGCUGUCGAGCAAUUGCUCUGGGAGGCGGAGCCAGCAGUCGUAUCAUGGCUGACAGCAUGACUCGAGGCCCUGUAGUCAGGCUGCCCUCUGCCUGCCAGGCCGCUGAGGUGAAGGCCUGGCUGGAGAGCACAGACGGAUUUCAGGCCAUCAAAGAUGCCUUUGACAACACCAGCAGGUUUGCUCGGCUCCAGAAGCUGCUGGUUGGUCUGGCAGGGAGAAAUCUCUACAUCCGCUUCCAUUCCAAGACUGGUGAUGCCAUGGGGAUGAAUAUGAUCUCCAAGGGUACAGAGCAGGCUCUGAGCAGACUGCAGCAACACUUCCCAGAGCUGCAGGUGGUGGCUGUCAGUGGAAACUACUGCACCGACAAGAAACCAGCCGCCAUCAAUUGGAUCGAAGGCAGGGGAAAGUCUGCUGUCUGUGAGGCCACCAUACCUGCUAAAGUGGUCAGAGAGGUUUUGAAAACAACGACAGGAGCUCUGGUGGAGGUGAACAUCAGUAAGAACCUUGUGGGCUCAGCCAUGGCAGGUUGCAUCGGUGGAUAUAACGCACAUGCAGCCAACCUAGUGGCUGCCAUCUACAUAGCCUGUGGUCAGGAUCCAGCCCAGUCAGUAGGCAGCAGUAACUGCAUCACUCUGAUGGAGGCAACAGGACCGACAGGGGAGGAUCUAUACAUCAGCUGCACUAUGCCCUCCAUAGAGCUAGGCACUGUAGGAGGAGGCACCAACCUGCCCCCCCAGCAAGCCUGCCUCCGGAUGCUGGGCGUACAGGGUGCCAGUCAGGACUGUCCAGGGGAGAAUGCCCGGCAGCUGGCCAGAGUUGUGUGUGCCACUGUGCUGGCAGGAGAACUCUCACUGAUGGCUGCUCUGGCUGCUGGCCACCUGGUCAAGAGUCACAUGACACACAACAGAUCCAAGGUGAACCUACAGGAAACUCCAGGAACGUGCACCACAAAAGCCUCUUGAGAACCUGAAAGCAGCGCUACACUAGCUCACAGAGCAGUAAACCUGGGAAAGAUGGACAAUUUGAAAUGGACUAAUAAUUUUGUUCAAUGAAAACAGACCUCAGAAGUCUUCCAAGUGCUUUCAAAGAGACACUGGUUUCUUUUGACCAAUCACUAUGUUGGAUAGGAAAGGAUCCAUAUAAGCUAAUCAGACUAUUCUGUGGGACUAUAUUAAUUUUCUGUGUUUUAUGGAGCUUUUAUUUCUACAUUUAAGAAUGCUAUCAGGUUUUGGGUUCAAAUGAAUCAUUUCUGCUUCCCUGAUGCCAAAUGAAGCAACUUUGUGACCUAAGCAGUGAAUGUUUGUGGUUGUCAGUGGGAACUUCAGAACAAUGCUGCUUACUACAGAUUCUGCAUCAUUUCAUUUCUUCAUCAGGGGGGUUUGUGAACAAGAAUGUAGUGUCAUAGUUUGAAGCAGCCCACACAACUGUGUGAACUCAGCAGUAUCGCAAAGCAGACUUGAGUCCUGGUUCUACCAAAAAAGACUUAAGUAAGUUUUAGAAUAUGGAAGAAUAUAGCAGAAAUGGUAUAUAAGCUUCGUAACGAGUCUAUCAUAGCAGGAUAACUAAAAAAAGGCUACAAGUGCCUGAUGAGACUUUACAACAAAUCAUCAGUCCCUUCAUUCUGAGAUUAGAUUGUAAAACUAACCUUUGCACUUAGCACAUUUCCAGUACUAACUAUCAAAGUAAAGUGUGUUCCAGUGCCCAUUUACUACUGUACAUGUGCGUGCGUGUGUGUGUGUGUGUGUGUGUGUUUGUGUGCGUGCUUGUGUGUGUGUUCAGUCAUAGUGUGUUUUCCUGUUCCAGUGGAUGGCAAAUAUUUUGGAUAUAUUUUGUAAUAAAUACAAGAUGGCUUUA